AUGCCGCAGGAUCUUCAGGCCCAUUCAGUUUUUUCCUCCUCAGAUGGAGAGUCGGCUGAAGAUGGUCGUUUUGGCUGGAAAGGAGCCAAGGCUGGGCCUGGAAGCUCUGCCCAACCCACACAGCCACUGUUCCAGCAGUGUAAAGCAGAGAUGAUUAAGCAUGCCAUGGUGCCUCUGGUCUGCAGGAGUGACGAAUUCCCCCCACUGCUCCUCCACUCCAGUCCCCCUCCAUCUGUCAUGUACACCGUCGGUUCAGCAGCGCACCCCUUCAGCCCCUUCUGGUUCACGGUGGAGCCCCAGGACACGCUGGCCAUCCGGGGAAACUCGGCACUGCUCAACUGCUCGGCACACAGCGACACAGCCACGCCGGCUCGCAUCGAGUGGAAGAAAGACGGCACGUUCAUGAGCCUGGUUUCGGACGAGAGGCGGCACAUACUUCCCGACGGCUCGCUCUUCUUCACCCACGUGGUCCACUCGAAGCACAACAAGCCCGACGAGGGAACCUACCAGUGCGUCGCCACCAUCGACAACCUGGGAUCCAUUUCCAGCCGCACGGCACGACUCGCCGUCGCAG